UGAAGAGUCAGUGAAGCUCAAGAGCAAGAUUCUUUUCACUCAAGGCUCCAAAUUGAACACGAUGGUAUCGCUGACGUUUGUUUUCUACCUGACAUGUUUGUUCUUGUGGGGAAAGGCUCAGGAGACACAUCAGUCCUCAUCUUUUCAUCAAGAGAGUGGCUUCAAAUCAGUAAAUGUCGGUGAAAGUAUACUUUUGCGAUGUUUCCCUGGAAGAAUGUCAAUAGUGCUGUACUGGUAUAGGCAAACAUUGGGACAGAUCCCGAAGCCCAUUACUUACCUCAACAACUAUGGUAAAACUGGAACAUUUUAUGGUGAAUUUGCAAACAAUUCACGCUUCACACUGAAAACUGAAAAUCAUAAUAACCACUUAAGUAUUUCAGAUUUGCGUAUUUCAGACUCAGCUACUUAUUACUGCGCACAUAGAGCUUCCACCAUCGUUGAAUUUGCAGAAGGCGUUACAGUCAGUGUAAAAGGUUCAGGUUUGAAUAUUAACACUUCACUUCAACGAUCUUCAUCUGAGAUCAUCCAGCUAGGAGACUCUGUGACUCUGAACUGUACAGUACACACUGGGACCUGUGAUGGAGAACACAGAGUUUACUGGUUCAAAGACUCUGAAGAAUCUUAUCCAGGACUCAUUUACACUCAUGGAGGCAGGAAUGAUCAGUGUGAGAGGAAAAACAACAAACAACCACGCAACUGUGUCUACAACCUGCCAAUGGAGAACCUGAAUCUGUCUCAUAAUGGGAUCUACUACUGUGCUGUUGCCUCAUGUGGACACAUACUGUUUGGAAAUGGGACCAAACUGGAGUUGAAGAAUGAGGAGGUUUCUCUUAUCUUGGUGUAUUUCUUGAGUGGUGCUUUGGCGUUCACCACUAUCCUGACACUUUCACUGGCUGCCUUAUUGUACAAACACAAGAGAAAAGGCCAGCAAGCUACAGGUAAAUUGUAGUGAUUAUUACGUGAUUAGUGAAUUUUAACAUCAUAGAAACACUCAUUUUUUGUGUGUUACAGCGUCUGAUGCAAGAUUUUCAGCUUCAUACCCAAUGAACUCAGAGAGUUUCCAGGCUGAAGAAAACCUCCAUUACGCUGCUUUAAGAGUAAAGAAGGCCAAUCGAUCAAGAAGUCGAAGAGAUGAUACAGAGACAAUAUGUAUCUACUCUGGUGUUAGGAAAUAAAACCUAUCAUGUUUUAGCUUUGUCUCUCUAUGGCAGGAUAUGAGUAUUUAUGUAAGUAGUUGCUAUAAACUAAACAAAAAUAAAAAUCUCUCUCAGACUGGUAUUGAUGAAAAGCAGAAGUGUGCCAUGAUACUUGUUAUCAUGAUUUUUGUUGUUUUCGCAAUUUUUACUGGGAUGAAAUGUACAAACUUUACAACAUCAUGCAUAAAGUAGCAGUAUACUAGAAAUAUCCCUUUGUAUUUGAGAUUAUGCGAAAAUAAAAUUGAAUGAUUUUCUUUUCAUAUGCUGUAGCAGGUCCUGAUUCACACCACAGUUUAACUCUGAAGAAGCCAUGGAUAUAAUUGAUGUUAUUUCUAUUGUUAUUUGAUAUGCAAUUAAACUAUUAUGUUCUGCUGAAAUGAUAGAACUUCAAAUCAUCCAAUAAUGAAUAUAAAACACAUUUAUCGCCUAAAUUAGCAGAUGUUUAGGAUUUUGUGAAGCAUUUUGUAAGGUUGAUUUGAACAGUGCUAUAUAAAUGGAGACUUCAUGUUGAUGGAUAAAGUGAGACUAUUUGCUGCUUGUCUCAGCUACCAGUACUUCUACUAUUAAUUGUGUUUACGUACCACUCAGGAUCUUUUUGUCCACA